AUGGCCGACACGUUGAGGAGACUGACCAGCACCUCCUCGUUCAGCGGCUUACAGGACAAGCUGGAGAGCUGGCACAAAGAUUACCAUGUCAUUUCCUGUGACCAGAAUCUGAACAAAUGUUGUGAGCUGAUUGAAAUAACUGCCAAGAUCCAGAGCCAACUGUUUACUAUCCUCAGCCUCACAGCUGUUGAGGGUGGACACUACGCUGGAGUGGACACUCUCAAAACACGCCUGCUGCCGUGGCUUGGUGCCUGUUUCUCGAUAUCAAAUCCCUCAUUCUCUGAUGACACCAGUCUUCAGCUCAUCCAGGACUCAGUGGAAAAGGACAGGAGGAUCAAGGAGCUCUCUGCCUCUCAUGACAGUGACAUGCAGAAGAUGGAGACUCAGCUGUGCUCCACUCGCCUUCAGCUGGUCUCAGUCAGAGCAGAACUGGUUGAUGCUCACAAGGACCUGGAUGAGACAAAAAGCAGAUUAACAAUUACUCUGCUGGCCACUGAAGAUGAAAUAUUGCAACUGAAAGCAGAUUUGCGAUCCGCACACGAGCAGGUGGAGAUUUACCAGAGGAAGCUGGGGGCUCUUGAUGGCGAUAAUCGUGAGAUUCGCUUGCUGAGAGAUAAAGUGUCCUUCCUGAGCACGGAGAAGGCCGUGCUGCAGGAGAGGCUGGUGAGAAGUCGUUCUCCGAGCCCUUUGCCCAGACUCAGCCGCUCCUCCAGCCCCAUGAGGAGUGAGUCACCCACCAGAGCCCAGCUCACUCACUCCUCGCGCUACGCACGCCAUGUGUCUCACUUCAGCGACCUGUACGCUGUGGAGCGUCUGGAGGCCCAGAGCCUGCUUCGGCGCUACAUCGCUGAUUUAGAGAUGGUCCAGAAAAUCAUCUUCAUUGCUGUAGUGGAAUCCUUCAAGACAGCAAAACUAGCUUUCCGCCAGUUCAAGCUGCGUGUAAGAAAGACCUUGUCCCAUUCCCACUUUGGACCAGAAAGUCUGGAAGAGGCAGCCGUGGACUACAUUGUCAGAAACGUGGACCUAUAUGAUGUACAGGACAGCGUCAAUGGCGUGAUCAACGCCAUGAAUGUGAAUCCACGCAUCUCCUUCCCGCCAGAAGUGGACUUUGUCCUCAUUAGUACAUUGAUCAGGGAGAUGUGCAGGGUGGCCUUCGCCAUGCAGACUCUGGACCCCACGCUUGACUUGGCCUUUGCCAGCGAUGGAGAAUUUUACAGCGACAUUAAGUACCGCCGAAGCUAUGACUCUGAGUUCACUGCUCCUCUGGUGAUGUACCACGUGUGGCCAGCCUUGAUGGAAGGAAACUCCGUCAUAGUGAAGGGCGAGGCAGUGACCAGAAGAGGUGCUCCGUGGAGUAGAAGCCAGAACCAGAGCAGGAGCACCAGCCCUGUGCGCUCUCGCUCCCUCAGCCCAACUCGCAGCCUCGCAUUGAACUACAGAAGAAGCCUGUCACCUGAUCGUCUCACAGCCAGCCGCCUGUGAACUCUCCCU